AAUCACCACCUUUCACCUGUAAUCCUUUGUCUUGUGGCCAAUACGUCUUUGAGGUCUGCUACUCCCCAGAUCUGUACACAUGCCUUCGGCAAAGAUACAAAUGGGCAAGUGGUCUGUUCUUGUAUUGGUGGCAAUAGCAGUUGCCUUGGCUGAGGGCGUUAAUCAAUACAGGUCUAGAGACGAAUUUCGUCAGAUAUGGAAUUAUACAGAUUUUCCAGACCCACAAUCUCCCAAUGAAGAAGAGCGCCUUCGUUGUCAUCGACACUCUAUAUCUAGUGUCUGCAAUCCAAACAAUAUUAUCAGCAAAACUGAUGCUGAUGCCAUAGAUAAUGAGAUCACCAAGAUAUACAAAGAAACUCAGUGUUCUUGCCAUGAGUGCUACAAAAACAAGCAUGGCUAUGCUAUUAGAGUGGCUUUGAUCAAUGAAUUUGAAAAGUUUAGAAAGAAUGCUCCACUCUCCAAAAAGGAAUUAUUAUGGGAAGCUAAAAUGUUCACCUAUUUGCUGUCACAGAAAUGGAGAAUGCAAGGCUCUUGCAAUGAAACUGUCUUGAUCUUUUAUUCCAAAAAUGACAAUGUGCUGUUUACCCUGACCAGAGAGAUUGCUGGAAAGAAGCUGUUUGAUAGAGAUAUUGCUCGGAUCUCUAUGGCAGUCCGCUCAUACUUUGUCAAUUCAGAUGAUACCCGCAGUAUUGGUGAUGGCUUGUUGGAAUUGAUUCGUAGAUACAGGCUGAUAUUUGAUGGCAAAUAUCAAGAAGCUUUCAAGUCUGUCUCUGGAACAAAACCCUAAGUUUGACUGCUUUACUGACUAAACCAACUUGAGUCAACAUGCUUACAAAAUUAGGCUUUGUAAUGAUCUUGCAGGAACUAAUUAAAUCCCUAACAUAUAGGAUUAGAUUAGUAGAUUUAUGUAAUUAUAAUUUUAUUCUAUUUUUAAUUACACAGUAAUUUUAAUGUUUUUUUUUUUCGACCUGUCUGCAGUUUAAAUGAUCAUUUAGUUGAUUUGUGUUUUAAAUCUUACUUAUUGAUUCUAUAGUCUGAAAAAUACUAAGAUGAACAAUUGUAUUUUUCUAUGCAGUUGAUUAUAUUGUCCUAUAGUAAAACUUGAUUCCUGUCUGAAAACAUUCAACAAGAUGUUCAUACCUAGAAAUUGAUAUUUGAAUUGAUCUGUUAUGAAAUUUUCUUUUUUGUUCUUAAAAAUGUAAUAAUUGGUGCUACAUUUAUUGUGUGUGUGUUUUUUCAAACUUUUGUAUGUGUGUGCUAUGCUCUUUUAUUUACACUUGACUAUAUUUUUUAAAGAAUGUUUUUAUAAGUGCCUGAACUUUUUUUUCGAUAUCACUUUAUAUAUUUAGAUCUAUUUUUUUGUAUCAGCUUUUUCCAGUACAUUUUCUAAAUAUUCUUCUUGGUGCUACACAUUUUAUUUUGAUAUAUAUACCUUGUAAACAUUAUAUUUUCAUUAAUAAUAAAUAUUUUACACUUAAAA